AUGGUACAAGCGGCACGUGGAGAAGGCAGUCUCAAAAACACGCAGAAACGAGACGCCCUAUUUUUGACUUUGACAGUUAGGACAAGUUUGUUUUCUCCUUCGCCUUUCCAGUUUCUUCUGUCCAGCUGGACGACGGAGAUUCCUUCUCUCUAUUCUUUAUCCAUCGUAACCUUAGACCUUGUCGAUAUGAGUAAAUUAGGCCAAAUUCUGCUGUUAUCAGUCCUUCUGCUAAGCCCAUCAAUAUCCGCUUUCGCUUUUGGACCUUCUCCCUCAUGCCCCGGGAAGGCGAGGACGACCCAAUUACAUGCCGAUGGAACUGGCGGCUGGGGGAUCGGAAAUUCCCGCAAUAUGGUUCCAGAAGAAUUUGCCAAAGGAGACCGUCGAGCCUUUGAGGGGUAUAACCUACGAGAUCGUGGAGAAUUUAUGCGCAAAGUCAAGGAAGACAGCCAGGAGAUGAAAAAUCAAGAGUUUGAUGAGCUCCUUGGCGUAGCCAAGAUGGCGGGGAUUAAUGUGAAAAACCCUUCCGAAAGAUUGGAUAAGUUUGGUGCCGACUUUCUCGAGGAUGAGGAUGAUUUGGAUGUCAGUGUCUCUUGGGACGAUAGCGAUCGCUCGGGAACGAUUAAGGGGUCGGAUGAUUCCAUCACAAGGCUGGACGAGGACACUUUGGGCAUCUGGUAG